CCGUUAUCCGUUAUCGAUCGCACUAACGUCAACCACCUACAGGUAAUUCAUUGAUGUAACCUAGGUAGGUAGGUACCUAAACGCUAAAAACCAGGGCUGGUGCAAGUCAAGCCAACCAGACCAACUUUACCAACCUUGAGCCUACCCACUUUCAAGACCCUCAACUUUCUUCUUUCACUACAUUCGCUACGCUUACGUAUUGUACACUACAUACCUACAUAAAUAAUCUCUCCCCUCAAACCACCAAGAGGUGUGUCAUCGCCAUCCAGAUAUCCAAUCCAUAUCACCAGGCCAAACUUGCGAGCUGGUCAUCCCAGCGAUUCCCAGCCGGGGUAACUCAGCCGCCACGAAGUAUAGGGGUUUGUUGUAUUCUAUCUUGAUAUCUAUCUCUUCGAUAAGAAUCCUUCUAGAUCAAGUUAUUAUCAAGUCAUUUUUAAUCGCAUCCCAUCCCACCAAGAGUUACAAGAGUUAUCCCACCAAAAGUUAUCAUCAUGGCUACAGCUCCUCCACCCACCGCACACCUCGAUGAGGAUGUUCCUCAAAAUGAAGGGUCUAAAUUAAAGACCUUUAUCUCUAUCCUACGAAAGUUCAUAGGUGUUGCAGAUCUUGCGGCCGUGCGAUUCUCUCUUCCGUCCCAGCUCCUCGAACCGACACCCAACCUGGAAUACUGGAACUACCUCGACAGUCCCAGUGCGUUUGCCGCGAUAGGUACAUCCGACGAACCGCUAGAUCGUAUGCUCGAAGUACUACGCUUCUGGUUUACCAAGGAUUUAAAAUAUGUCAAAGGCAAACCAUGCAAACCGUAUAAUUCUUGCUUGGGUGAAUUUUUCCGAUGUAACUGGGAAGCGGAAGAUAAUGCGCCACGGAUCGAUACCAAAAGUUUGAUAGCUGCUACCAGCGGCAAUGCCAGUAGUGCAUCUUCGGUCAAGUCAUCCAAGGCUAAUGGCGACCCACGAACAGCAUCUACCGUAUCUGUUGUCCAGACUACACCUAAUCCGUCCGGACCUAUCGUUCGGAUAUCAUACUUGACUGAGCAAACCUCUCAUCACCCACCCGUCAGCGCUUUUUACGUCAGCUGUCCCGAGAAAGGAUUACAUGCCAAGGGUUUCGAUCAGAUCAGCGCGAAGUUCACCGGUACUACUAUCAAAGUGUCCCCAGGCGAGCACAAUCUGGGCAUUUUCAUUACUCUCGAGCGGAGGGAUAAUGAAACAUAUCAGCUAAAACAUCCAGCUGCACAUCUGGGGGGAAUUUUUCGGGGCUCUCUGAGCGUGAGUGUUGGUGAUUUCGCCUACAUAACCUGCCCUCGGACAAAAUUAAAAACGAUCCUUCAUUACAUCGAGGAUGGUUGGCUUGGCCGGGCGCAAAACAGGAUGGAAGGCGUCAUCUUCAGAUAUGACCCGGAUAAGGACGACAAGACACGCAUCAAGGAUGUACCUGACUCGGACGUGGUUGCGAGACUAGGUGGUGCGUGGAAAGAUAAAAUCGUCUUCACUCUCGGCCCCAAGCCUGUGGACUCACACCCUCCGGAGAAGCAAAUAACUAUCAUUGACCUUAACCCGCUCACCGUAGCUCCCAAAGUUAUACCACCGAAAGAGAAACAGGCCGAGAAUGAGUCCUUGAUGUUAUGGGACGGCGUGACUCAGGCUAUAAUGGCGAAGCAAUUUUCAAAAGCUACUAACGUCAAGGUAGAACUCGAGGAAAAGCAGCGAGAGAAAGCUAGAGAACGUGAGCGCAAGAACGAAACCUGGAAACCGGUGUUCUUCGAUCAAGUUACGGAUAAACGGGGGACGCCUGACCUCACGGAGAAGGGCCGCCAAGUGCUCGAAAGAGCACAGAAGGAAGACUGGAGUUUGGAAGGGAUUAUCUAGAGCGGGCAGCAUCCUUCAAGGUUAGAAACAUAGCGGCCGGAUAGGACCAUCGAGGUCCUACAUUGCAUAAUAGUCCUUGGGUUACGAUACGGCAUCAUUGCUUUUUGGAUGGCUUCGCUUACAUAUAUACGCGCAUACAUUUACCAACCAUGGGGAUAAGGCAUAGCGGCUUUGGCCAAAGCCGCACGUGGAGUUUUGUGCAUUCGUUUAAUAUCUGGUUCUUGUUUUUGUUUUUUCGGGUAGACACAGAUUCGAGUUUAAGCGGUGUUCAGGAGCAUGUAGAAGCUGAUAGAUAGGUCUUCCUCGGAAGUUUUUCUUUUCAUCAAGACUCUACCAUUUCGCUGAGGCAUACUCAGCACAAACCUUCGUUUUUUCAUUAUACGGAUUCCAAGGAACCUUGAACAUAUGGUAACCUUUUAUCAGAGGUUUAUAUUAUCUUAUCUGACUUUUCACUUCUACCUUAUUUCGAAAUUUACCAGUUGCAGCUUAUCUACUGUAACUUCGGAGGCCAAGAAGAAAUAUAUUGGGAGAUUUAAUACCUUGAGUUCGGACGAGUACAAUCAUAACCAUGUACCUUAAUCAUAUCUAAGUAUACACCUAGGGUUUAAUAUCACUGAGUUCUAUGAUACAUAGUAUCCUCUGAC